CGCCGGUCGCCAGACAACAACGUGUCGUGUCUAUUUAGUUAGUUAGUUAUAUUUACUCCCUUGUCUCUCCUUCAUUCGCGUCGUGUCGUGUGUAGUGGUUAUUUUCUCUGUUCAGCCGUCACGUCAAAAAAUUGUCGGUGAUAUCUUGCGCUUAGUAUUAUUUAUUUUAUUACUGUUUUUCGUUUAUUUAAUUAUUUCCUGUGAUUCAUUUUCUGUUUCCAUCUAAAAAACCUUGUCUGUAUAAUAAACCAAGAAUACGGGUAUAUCUCAUUUAUAUAUCACAAUAUUUAACAGUUUAUUUUAGGGGUGUCUUGUAGGUAGUUAUAAUUCAUAAUUACUCCUAAUUUGUGACUUAUUAUUUAAUGCUAGUUAUAGUAGCAUUUUAUCACAGUUAUGCCUGUUCUACAAUCUUGAAGUUAUACAGCUCAUGUUUCUAGUAUCAGCUGACGAACGACGUUCAGCAAGUAAACAUGGAAUCAACGAAGAAAAAGGGUCGUCCUGCACACCCCAGGGCACAAGCGAAUCCACUAUCAGCUCUCACAUUUGGAUGGACUUUACCUAUUUUUUGGAGGGGCUUGAAACUAGAAAUGGAAGAGGAACACCUAUAUGAACCCUUAAAAGAACAUGCAUCAGGUCCCCUUGGUGACAAAUUUGCUCGCCUUUGGGAUGAGGAGGUGGCUCGCGCCGGUACCAAGCGCACGCCGAGCCUUCUCCGAGUCAUACUGAGAGCGUACGCCGUGAGAUGCAUGCUGUACGGAUUGGUGCUGCUUUUUAUGGAAUGUGGCAUAAGGCUCGCGCAGCCGGUGUUCCUCGGCAAGCUGGUGGACUUUUACGCGGUGAGGACGGACCAGCCCGUGUCGCUCAACGAGGCGUACUGGUACGCCGGGGCCGUGGUGCUGUGCUCGGCGCUCAACGUGCUCGUCGUGCACUCCUACAUGAUGGCCAUAUUACACAUGGGCAUGAAGUUCCGGGUUGCCUGUUGCUCUCUCAUAUAUCGAAAGUCGCUCAGACUGUCAAAGACGGCUCUCGGCGAAACGACGGUCGGUCAAGUGGUGAAUCUGCUCUCGAACGACGUGAACCGCUUCGACGUGGCAGUGAUAUUCUUGCACUAUCUGUGGAUAGGGCCGCUGGCCACGGUCAUCAUCACCUACCUGAUGUGGCAGGAGAUCAGCUGGGCGGCGGUCGUUGGCGUCGGGUUCAUGUUGGCGUUCAUACCUCUACAAGCAUGGCUGGGCAAGAGGACGUCGGUGCUUCGGCUUAAGACGGCGCUGCGCACGGACGAGCGCGUGCGGCUCAUGAACGAGAUCCUCUCCGGCAUUCAAGUUAUCAAGAUGUACACCUGGGAGAAACCGUUCGCGGAUCUUGUAGCUAAGGCCAGGAAGCAGGAGAUAAAACAGAUCCGCGCCACUUCAUACAUUCGCGGCGUGCUGACCUCGUUCACGAUGUUCACCACCCGCAUCUGCCUGUUCUGCUCGAUUCUGGCCUUCGUGCUCGAAAAUAACGUCAUCUCGGCCAAGCAGGUGUUCGUCGUCAGCAGCUUUUACAACAUUCUGCGGCAGACCAUGACCGUGUUCUUUCCGCAAGGCAUCGCUCAAGUAGCGGAAGCAACUGUGUCAAUUAAAAGACUUCAAAACUUUAUGCUCUAUGAGGAUACGAGCAAACCAGUACCUACUCUGACCGAUAUACAAACUUCAACCAAACCUAAAAUCAAAGUACUGGAUGAGCCAAAGGAAACACCAACCACUCCGACUAAAUCUGCGUUAGACAUGCCACGAGACAAACCUUCUGAGGAGUCGAGCACUGCCAAAGAAACAAUAAAGUCAGAUGAAGCCAAAGGCAACGGGCGGUCGGCGGCCCCGCUGGAGUCGGGAGAGGAGGAGGACUCAGAACUGGAGCGCUCGCAGGGCGCAGGCGUGCGGCUGCAGCACGCCACGGCCAAGUGGGUCGCCUCGCACCACGAGAACACGCUCACCGACGUCAGCCUCACCAUCAAGCCCGGCAAACUGAUCGCGGUGAUCGGGCCGGUGGGCGCGGGCAAGUCGUCGCUGCUGCACGUGCUGCUGCGCGAGCUGCCGCUCGUGUCCGGCUCCGUGCACGUCGGCGGCUCCGUCUCCUACGCGGGACAGGAACCGUGGCUGUUCGCAGGCAGCGUGAGACAGAACAUCUUGUUCGGGCAGCCGAUGGACCGGCCGCGGUACAACACGGUGGUGCGGCGCUGCGCGCUCGACCGCGACUUCUCGCUGCUGCCGCACGGCGACAAGACCGUCGUGGGCGAACGCGGCGUCAGCCUCAGCGGAGGCCAGCGUGCGCGUAUCUCCCUAGCGCGCGCCGUAUACAAGCGCGCCGACAUCUACCUGCUGGACGACCCGCUGUCGGCGGUGGACGCGCACGUGGGCCGGCACCUGUUCGAGUCCUGCCUCGUCGGCUAUCUGCGACACUCCACGCGCGUGCUUGUCACACACCAACUGACGUUUCUGAGAGACGUCGAUCAGAUUAUAAUAUUGAAGAACGGCGCCAUCGCCGCGGCUGGCAGCUUCGAGACGCUGAGCGCGUCGGGGCUGGACUUCGCGACGCUGCUGGCCCGCGGCGAGGAGGAGGAGCGGCCGGCGCCCGAGCCCGCGCCCGCGCACGACAUCGAGGACUCGCCGCACGGCAGCUUCCGCAAGCGGCAGAUGAGCAUACACUCCGUGAGCUCCGUGGAUAAUCUGACUGCUACAGCGCCGCCGGAGGGCGGGCGCGAGGAAGCAGAGAUGCGCUCGGCAGGCGCAGUAUCGGCGAAGGUGUACGGCGCGUACCUGGGCGCGAGCGGCCACGCGCUCGUCGUCGCGCUCAUGGUGUUCGUGGCGGUGCUCGCGCAGCUGUUGGGCUCCGGCUCCGACUGGUGGACCAGCUACUGGGUUAAAAUGGAGGAACUGGAGGGGAACCCUGGCACACGGCUUGUAGCAACUAACACCACUCUCGAGCAGAUGAUCGACGAUGUUCAAUUUGGGGACGGGCCGCUCAGUCGAUACAACUGUAUCUAUAUCUACACUGGUAUGGUGGUUGCCUUGGUAGUGAUCUCGCUGCUCCGUUCGUUCAUGUUUUUCUCAAUGGCGAUGCGCGCAUCGACUCGACUGCACAACAAGAUGUUCUCGGCCAUCACGCGCGCGCCCAUGCGCUUCUUCCACGUCAACCCCUCGGGCCGGAUCCUCAACAGGUUCUCUAAGGACAUGGGGGCCGUGGACGAGGUGCUACCCGCUGCGCUGCUCGAUGUUCUUCAGAUUGGGCUAUCGUUGAUCGGUAUCGUGGUGGUGGUGGCCGUGGUGAACUACUGGCUGCUGCUGCCGACGCUGCUGAUCGGGCUCGUGUUCUACGGGCUCCGCAUCGUCUACAUCGCCUCCUCGCGCAGCAUCAAGCGCCUCGAGGGUGUGACUCGGAGCCCGGUUUUCUCGCACCUCAACGCGUCGCUCCAGGGCAUCACCACUAUCCGCGCGUUUGGCGCGCAAGAAGCGCUCGUCCGCGAGUUCGACAACCACCAGGACCUGCACAGUUCCGCCUGGUACUUAUUCAUCGCAACUUCCCGUGCGUUUGGAUUCUGGCUGGACCUUGUGUGCGUCAUAUACAUCGCCAUCGUUACUCUCAGCUUCCUCGUUCUUAAUUCAGUUGGCCAAUUUAGCGGUGGCGACGUAGGUCUUGCUAUAACGCAAGCUAUAAGCUUGACUGGUAUGUUCCAAUGGGGUAUGCGGCAAUCUACUGAAUUGGAAAAUCAAAUGACCAGCGUGGAAAGAGUGGACGAAUACUCAAAGAUCGAGUCGGAGCCGCCGCUAGCGUCGGAAGGCAGCCGCAAGCCGCCGCCGUCGUGGCCCGAGGCAGGGCGCGUGGAGUUCCGGCACAUGUUCCUGUACUACGCGCCCGGCGAGCCGCCCGUGCUGCGCGACCUCACCUUCACCAUCCAGCCGCGCGAGAAGGUCGGCAUCGUCGGCCGCACCGGCGCCGGCAAGUCCUCGCUCAUCAACGCUCUCUUCAGGCUGGCAACGAUAGAAGGCGAGAUCAUAAUCGACGGUCGGGAGACGUCCGCUCUGGGGCUGCACGAGCUGCGGAGCCGCAUCUCCAUCAUCCCGCAGGAGCCCGUGCUGUUCUCCGGCACCAUGCGCCACAACCUCGACCCCUUCGACGAGUACCCCGACCACGUGCUGUGGCGCGCUCUCGAGGAGGUGGAGCUGAAAGAAGCGGUGAUGGAGCUCGCGGCGGGGCUCAGCUCGCACAUGUCGGAGGGCGGCGGCAACUUCUCCGUGGGGCAGCGGCAGCUCGUGUGCCUGGCGCGCGCCGUCGUGCGCCGCAACCGCCUGCUCGUGCUCGACGAGGCCACCGCCAACGUCGACCCGCAGACCGAUGCGCUGAUCCAAAAUACAAUAAGAAAUAAAUUUGCCGAUUGCACUGUACUUACUAUUGCCCAUCGAUUACAUACAGUUAUGGACUCUGAUAAGGUUCUGGUGAUGGACGCGGGUCAGAUGGUUGAGUUCGACCACCCGCACGUGCUACUGGGGCGCCCGAGCGGCGUGCUGCGCGGCAUGGUCCACCAGACGGGCCGCGCCAUGGCCGACACGCUGGCCAGGAUCGCUGAACAGUCUUAUAGUAAAAAGCAACGACCGCCUACCACGAGUGGCGCCGAGUGAUCUAGACAAAUAUUAGAUUAUUGAAAUCAAUGUACACAAACGUUCCUAUGUUUGAAUUAGUAUCCAUAAAGUUAAUGUAGGUACUUAACAAGGAUCUGAUCUAGUAUCAAGUAAACUGCGACAAAGCACGCACCCUUGUGCAAGUAGCCAAGAUACUUAAUCUUAAAUUAUCACAGAUCCUCUCAACUACGUCCAUAAUUAUAUUUAUGAAGCCAGUUAUUUUUAUAUAUUUCAGGAACUAUAUUUAAGAAUAGAUUAAUUGAUUAGUGUGUAUAUUUUAAUUUUAUAAUCGACAUGAUUCAUCCUAUGUUUAAUACCAAAUAAAUAAUUAAGUAGGUGUCAAUUCUGUGUUAUAUAUUGUUUAAACAGGUUUACCAUAUGAAUAAGUACAUGCGCGGUAGACCCACGCGCUAGAGAUUUUUACUAAUACUAAGCUGAUGUUUGUACAUAAAAUUCGGUCUAGUUAUGUUCUAAAAUGUGGGAAAGACUUAAGCUUGAGACGAAUGUAGUAUGAUAACCUUUGGGUAUGGUGCUUUACGCACACUAGCAUCCUCUCCCUUCCCCCUGACGCAACCCCGUUUACCAUGAAAUAUUUCCCUGUUGACGGUUUUUUUCUUAAUUUUUGAGAAAAGUAUUAGUAUUAGGAAAAAAGUGUCACUGUAAUAUUAUUCAUAAAUUUUAAACAAAAAGGUUUUAUGCAUUUUUUAUGUAAGAUUCACUAUAUUCAUGUAUUAGCUUGUUGGAGUUUAAUAUAAAAUAGUACUGAAAAAAAUCUUAUAGGGAGAACCAGCUUGUUCAAUGGCUGAAUUUUGUGGAAGUUCAUCUAACUAUAUGAAAAUGGUGCAUCAUAUCAAUAAAAUCAAUAUAACUUAUUUUGUUAUCAAUUUAAUGAGGAUUAUUUUUUCAUUCACACUUCAUUCCUAAAAUGUAUACUUAUCCCAAAAAAAACUGUGCGUGAGGGGAGGGGACGCUAGUGUGCGAGAAGCACCAUAUCCAAAGAUAUGGCGCUGUAUUAGUUUUAUUUUGGAUAUAAUUUGUUUUUCAUAAAACAUAAUUUGGGCGAAGCAGUAGCAAAUUUUAGCUAUUGAUUUAUUUUACUACCUCAUUCAUGAAAUAUAAAUUUUUUCAAUGUUUAUACUUAAUCAUGCAGUGCAAGCCAAUUAUCUCGUACGUAUUUAGCUUAUUUUCAUGGUAAAACUGUACAACUUAAUGAAUUUACUAUAUUAAACGAAAUCGAAUAUUCAAAGAUCUGUCUGGAAGGAGAGCAGGGAAUUAUUACUUAUAAGGGUGUGUAUGACAUUUAGAAUUAUGAGUUAACUUACGGAUCUUUUUGUAGUGUUUAUAGUUGAGGUGCUAUUAUACUUUCUAUGUACUUAAUGUAUAAGUAAAUUUGUAUGGUGACGUUGGUAGGGAUGGUGUCGCGACGGAUUAUACGAUUGCUGUUUCAGGCUCACAAGUGUACUUGAUAACGAUUUCUCAAUAGAACAUACAAAGUAUGUUAUUUGAAGUAUUUGGUGUAAAUGCCACAAAUGGUGCCCAGUUUUGAUCUUUAUAUUUUUACACUAAUGCUAAAGUCAGUAAUAAUUAAAAAGGAACAUUAUUUUUUCCUGGUUCUUAAUUGAUAAUGAAAUUAUGUGAAAUGUUGUGCCUGUUAUAAUUAUUAUAUUCUAUAAUAAUAAAUAUGAAUUAAAUGCAGUUCUUAUGUACCAA